AUGCGCAACUCUAAAGGCCAUCUAAACGGGCCGACUUCUACCAAAGGGCUCGGUCUAUCUCAUAAACGCUCCGGCUUCUUAUCACGAAUCAGCCUUGGGUGUACCUCAAUAAAUUCUUUCGACAGCGAGGAUUUUACACCGGAAAUUUCUCAGCUAGUCAACGAAAAGACGAUAUCAGUCGAUCAUCUUCAACUUUAUCAACCCCGCACAUUUGUUCCCUCUGUUGCUUAUUCUCCGGCUGCAGUACGUUUGGAUUCUAAUGAGGAAGAAAGAGCCUUCGAAGCCUUUCUUCAGGAAUAUCCCGAAUAUCAAUUAACCUGGAUACUGGACACCCUUCGCCGCACAGAUUUUGCUAGAUUGGAGCGAGCAGACGAAACCUAUGUAGACUACAUGGGGGGAUCCCUUUACCCGGAGAGCCUGAUCAGGGCCCAUACCGAUUUCCUGAAUGGCAGUAUUCUCGGAAAUACACAUUCUGUCAGCAAUACCUCCAAGUUAUCCCUAAAAUGUGCAGAUGAGGCACGCCAGUCGGUACUAUCACAUUUCAGUGCCCCCUCGGAUUACACGGUAGUUUUUACCGCCAACGCGAGUGGGGCAUUGAAGCUAGUUGCGGAAUCUUAUCCUUUUACGCAAGGAAGUAGCUUGGUUCUCGGAACCGAUGCACACAACAGCGUCCACGGAAUCCGAGAAUUUGCUAAGGCUAAGAACGCCGAAGUAGCCUAUAUACCUUCAACUUCUCGAGGAGGAUUUGAUGUCCAAACGGCAAAGAACAUACUUCUUCAACACCGGCCGAGAUCUACGGACACGUCUCCAAGCCUGUUUGUGCAAACGAGCCAGUCAAAUGUGACAAACAGCAAAACACCUCUCUCCAUGACGGAGUAUGCUGCAUCGCUCGGGUAUCACGUUGUUGUAGACGGUGCCGCACUAGCCCCAACAUCUAUCGUCAAUCUCUCACAAUAUCCGAUCGACGCAAUGGCUGUAUCAUUCUAUAAGAUGUUCGGCUACCCUACAGGCGUCGGCGCGUUAAUCGUUAAGAAGUCAUUUUUGGCUCAAUUAAAACGACCCUGGUUCGCUGGGGGAACUGUGGACGUAGUUCAGGUACCUGGUGAUAUAAUGACACGAGCGCAUGAAAUGCACGAGCAAUUUGAGGAUGGAACUAUCAAUUAUCUCCAACUAUCAGCCAUUACAAACGGGCUGCGCUUCUUAUCUGCCUACUUACCCUUUUUACCACUUAGGUUAUCUUCGCUCAUUUUCUAUUUAACAUCUACGCUGUCCAAAAUACGACACGACACUUCCGGACGGCCUGUAGUACAGAUUCUGUCCCGAGCACCUACCAAACGGCUUCGUUCCGUUGGCGAUCAGUCAGAUGCGGGUUCCAUUCUGGCACUGCUUUUCUUCAACGCUUCUGGGGAGAUGAUCCCUAAUUCGUUUAUCGAAUACGCGGCAUCUUUACAGAAUAUAUCCUUGCGAACAGGGUGCAUGUGCAAUCCCGGGGGUGCAGCAGCUAUUUUAGAUAUAGUGGAAGAGAUGGGCCGCCUUUACCCCGGUGUCACUUUACAGGACUUUGAAGACAAAAUGGGAAGAGAGCUCGGAGUCGUCAGGAUCAGUCUUGGAAUUGCCACUAAUUUUCAUGACGCAUGGCGGGUCAUUCAAUUUGUGGCAUCCAUUGGAAACGAGUUCAAGCGCCAGAAGCUAUGGAAGCAAUGGGCAGCCACCCGUUCCGAUACGGGACAUGGCCAUGCCUCAUAG